UUUUGACGGGAUAAAAUAGCCAUGAUUUAUGCCAAAUUUAAGCGUGAUGCUCAUCUGAUGGGAACCAGAAUUGCGGUUGUCAUAUUGCUUCAAAACUACAAUCAGUACAUGUUUGGUAGACAAAAAAACUAGAACGAAAUAUACCGUUAACUUGGUUCCUACGUUACGAACUGUUUGUUUACAUAUUUCCAUAUCGCUUAUAUUUCAUCGAGUGUGUUUGUAAACCUUCAGUUUUAUUGUGUGUGUAGUCGUCUCACUCGAAAGGGCUUCUAUCCCGCGAUUUCCAACGGACGGAGAAUGCUUUUCACGACGUUGUUUUUUGCUUUCGCUGCGUUCAUCUUGCCAACGAGUCAUGCUGUGCCCUACGCUUGUAACUGGACCUACGUUCCUGCUGAUUACAUUCAUUUUCCGCACGUUCCUGUGAACUGCUUCACGACGACGCCUUCGGCAUGUAAACGAUCGUGGAAAUCCGGAAUUCCCGAAGGUGUAGCCACUGCGAAACCUCUGAUCUACUCCGAGUUCAUUUUUUGCCACGAGAGCUUUUCGACGUGCGGUUAUGUGCCAAUAAACCCGGACACUGGCGUCGUUCUUGGAGGCAGUGGUGUCACCGUUGGAGGAGGUGUCGAUCUUGGAGCAGUCGAGAAACAUGCUCAGGCGUUCAAGAAAUUACCAAGGGCAGUUUAUAUGAAGCUGAAACCAUACCUUGGCUUAAAACAAGAGCUGGCAGCCUGUGCUGCAAUCGAGAAACCUCUUUCCCUGUUCUCAAACGAAGCCCUUACCCUUACCAGCACAGUGCAAGAGCAUCUCAUUAAGCAAGUUGAAAUCAGGUACAACCUUGACCGUUCCCCGGGGUCUACCCCUUUCAUAUCCCUGGAGCGGGGUAUUCGCACCGCGAUGGUCAGCCUAUGGUACCAGCUCGGGCGACCAGAGGCCUACCCGGAAUUCUGGAAAUUCGCAACGCAAAACAACUGGGAACGGGCCGUGGCGAGUCUCAGGAAUUUCUACAAGAUACCCUUAAAACAACGCACAGAAGAUCUUAGACGACGCAAUGACGAAGCCGAUAUAAUCGAAGCGACUUUCGUGCAGUGUAGUCGUUCGUUAGACGCCGUAGUUUUACUGGACGAAUCGGGCAGCGUUACCGACGCAAAUUUCGCCGAAAGCUUGCAGUUCGUUGUGAACAUAACAAACGCUUUCUCCGGCCCGAAGUUAGUCGGAAAUCUCGGCACCCGAGUCGCGUUAUCGACGUUCAGCUACAUGUACACGGCGCAUUUCCAUCUCUCGAGCUAUAAUACACACGCACAAUAUCUCGCCGCCGUAAAUGGCGUGCGCAAACAUGGCGGCACUACGUCGCUAGGAUACGCGCUGACGCGAGUAUUGGACCAGUUCAGCGAGACGAAGGGACUGAGAAACGAGAGGUACGGGAUACCGCGCGUGCUGAUCGUGAUCACGGACGGACAAUCGCACGAUCCCGUGCUCGUCCCCGCGCGAAAACUGCGCCAAAAAAAUAUCGUGAUCUACGCCAUCGGAGUUGGGCAUUUCGACAUGGGGCAGCUUCUUGAGGUGGCCACGUCCCGAGAACAUGUUUACACGCUCAGCACUUUCUUUGAACUCGAGACAUUCCUCUCGACUCUAACCGCGGCGACAUGCAACGAACCCCAACCGGUGAACCUCCGACGGCGUGUCGAGAUGUCGAGCCCAAAAGCGAAGUUCCAGUACUUUGUUUACAAAGCGAGGCGGAAGUCCAUGCUGGAGGUUCGUGUGAGGGACUUGGUAGGACAAACCUUGAUGUACGUGUCGCGAACCAACCCCCAUCCUUACAAGUACGACAGCGAUUUGGGCUUCGUGCAUUCGGUGCAGAAACACAAAGUCGUCGUGAUCGCGGUGAAAGAUCAGAAAAAUCAGACCAGCGUCGCGAAGCGAUCGGUCGACGAACUGGACGUCAUGGAGAACGUCUAUGUCUCCGUCUUUGCAAACACCAGGAACGCGCGGUUUAUCAUCGAGGCUGAAACAUGCGAGAACUGUCAGGAGGGGACGAACGAGGUUUUUGAAGCCACAACUGGGGCUGCUAGCGUCAAGUCGUUAUGUAACAUUGUUGCGUUUGUAUGGGUUUGCAUGUUGAGCAUGGUAUUAUUGUAACAUUAGGGAUAACAAGGAGCAGUUGUGGACACUUGAAUAGCGUGUUUAGGAACAUCGUAUAUUGAACCAAGCAUAUCUUAUAUUUAUACCUUUUUUUGUAUGUGAUAUGCCGUUUUGGAAGUUCUGAGUAUGUUAUGCAACAUGGGUUGGUGAACACGAGACGUUAUUACCUCCUGUGAAAAUAACACAAUGUCUAAAAGCCGAUUACAUGUUGCAACAAGCUCUUUUCUACAAAAUACAUGAGCAAAUAUAGCACUGAAUAUCGGGCCUUGGACUAGACGUAUAAUAUAAGAAUAUUAUGAUAAUAUUAGUGUUUAUCUCGGAAAAUGUCUAUUUAUUCAAGUGUAUGAAAGUUUUUGGUGUACUGAAUUAAAUGAAAUA